CACACCUUUUGAGUUGACGAAACGCCCAUUGACUUUCUUCUUUCCAUCCUUUUAUAAACCCUCCUCCCUUUCUCCCCUAACCUCUCUGUUUCUCUAUUCUCCCGGCUCCGAUUCCGAUCUUCAAAUCCAUGGCGGUUGAUCUCGCGGCUUUUCCGGCGAAGAUGGACGAUCAGAUGGCGAUUCAAGAAGCCACCACCGCCGGAUUACAGAGCAUGGAGCAACUGAUCCGCGUCUUGAACACACAACCAUCCCACAGCCCUCGCCUGGAUCAUCACCGUCGUCUCGAUUGCUCCGAAAUCACCGACUUCACCGUCUCCAAGUUCAAGCGAGUCAUCUCUCUACUCAAUCGAACCGGUCACGCUAGGUUUCGCCGUGGACCUGGAUCCUCUGAAUCUGAUUCCGCCCUAUGCAAUCGUACUCCGAUCCUCAAUUCUCUCAAUCCGCCGCUCAAUUCCCCCAAUCCACCCUCCAAAAUCGACUUUCCUAAACCUAAUUUCACUUCCGCCGCUAAAUCCCCCGAUUCUAGGGCUCCGAUUGCGUUCUUGAACGAGACGACCGACACCGUCUCCUCCACGACGUCGUCUUUCAUGUCCACGAUUACCGGAGACGGCAGUGUAUCCAACGGCAAACUCGAUCUCUCACUCUUCACUACUCCGCCACCGCCGCCGCCGAUCUCCACCGGUAAACCGCCUCUGUCGUCGAAGAGAAAGUGCGACGAUAGCUCUAGAUUCGCCUGCAAAAUCCCCUCCAAUUCCAAGCCCUGCCACUGCGCCAAGCGGAGAAAGUCCGGAGUCAAGAAGACCGUCCGAGUUCCGGCGAUCAGCUCAAAAAUCGCCGAUAUACCUUCCGAUGAAUACUCGUGGAGAAAGUACGGCCAAAAGCCGAUCAAAGGCUCCCCGUAUCCAAGAGGGUAUUAUAGAUGCAGCACCGUCAAAGGCUGUCCAGCGAGGAAACACGUGGAGCGAUCACGUGAUGAUCCGGCGAUGCUCCUCGUAACUUAUGACGGGGAUCACCGUCACCCGCAGGCUACGGUGCCCGGGGCGGUGUCCCAGAAGAGUUAAGCGGAGGGAUUUGUCGGGGAACCAACGCCACCUGAUUGGGCCGUGACGCAGUACCUUGAACAUAACAUGCCUGUCACUGUAGACUUCUCCUGGUUGUAAAAGUCAAAACUAGCCUGGGAGUUUACGACGCCAGGCCAGAGUUGUAAGUCAAAACAAAACAACGUCGCGUUCGAAUCUCUCGAAACGGAACGAUAAGGCGGAAGGGUAUCAAUGUAAUUUUGAUAAGAGUUUCUUUUUCUUUUUUUAAUUUUUUCUGUAUUAUAUUUUAUUGAAAACUAAUUUGACCGGCAACAUGGUCCCAAUGAUUGCGCCUUACAUAAUUUUUUUUAUUUAAUAAAGAGUUAUAUAUGGUUGGAAAUUCCA